AGUGGGUGGGAGAAGUUCAAGUUUGUGGCUUUUUCCUAUUUUUGUGGCGCUUUCAAGCUGGAAGAGGAAAGGGGGAAGUUUUAGGGUGGAUAACUGGAGCCUGCCUGGUAAAAGACAGAGAGGAGAGGAGGCGAGGCGAGGAAAAGUGGUGAGUUUCGUGCAUGGAAGCAUGAAAAGAAGUCCCCUGGUUGCUGGAAAACAAACAUCGUUGCCCGGCGUAUUAGUGACGAAGAGGCUCUCGCGCACUUGUGUGUUCGAAAACGUGGAAUCCAGUAUUUGUAAGGUGUAGCCAGAAAGAACCUUGAGAUGGCAAGCAAGAUUUCCAAAGACGAGCUCCAAGAACUUAGAGAAGCUUUUGAGAAAGUUGAUCUCAAUGGUAAUGGCUUCGUUUCUGAUUAUGAACUCCAUGAACUAUUCAGAGAAGCAAAUCUUCCACUUCCUGGUUAUAAAGUGAGAGAAAUAAUUCAAAGACUGAUGACGGAGGGAGACAAAGACAAGGAUGGCAAAAUUAGCUUUGAUGAGUUUGUUUCUAUUUUCCAUGAGCUUAAGAGCAGUGAUAUUGCUAAAACAUUCCGUAAAGCCAUCAACCGAAAAGAAGGGAUUUUAGCCAUUGGGGGAACUUCAGAGUUAUCCAGCGAGGGAACCCAGCAUUCAUUCUCAGAGGAAGAGAGAUAUGCAUUUGUCAACUGGGUAAAUAAAGCCUUGGAAAAUGACCCAGACUGUAAACACGUCAUUCCAAUGAAUCCAAAUACAGAUUCAUUGUUUAAGGCUGUUGGUGAUGGCAUUGUACUAUGUAAAAUGAUUAAUCUUUCUGUACCUGAUACCAUUGAUGAGAGAGCAAUAAACAAGAAGAAACUGACACCAUUUACCGUACAGGAAAAUCUCAACUUGGCAUUAAAUUCUGCAUCUGCUAUUGGCUGCCACGUUGUCAACAUUGGUGCCUUCGACUUGAGAGAAGGGAAGCCUCAUUUGGUUUUAGGUUUGCUGUGGCAGAUUAUUAAGAUUGGUCUUUUUGCUGAUAUUGAACUUAGCAAAAACGAAGCUUUGGUUGCCUUGCUUCGUGAUGGUGAGAGCCUUGAAGAUUUGAUGAAACUUUCCCCUGAGGAGCUGCUCCUGAGAUGGGCAAACUUUCAUUUAGAAAAUGCAGGCUCGCACAAGAUUAACAACUUCAGCUCUGAUAUAAAGGAUUCAAGGGCUUAUUUCCACCUACUAAAUCAGAUUUCACCUAAAGGAACAAAAGAAAAUGAAACACGCAUUGAUAUUAACAUGUCUGGCUUUAAUGAGAAAGAUGAUUUGAAGAGAGCAGAGUUCAUGCUGCAACAAGCAGAUCGACUGGGCUGUAGGCAGUUUGUUACUCCAACUGAUGUGAUCAGUGGAAACCCCAAACUUAAUUUGGCAUUUGUUGCCAAUCUAUUUAACAAAUACCCAGCAUUAACAAAACCAGAAAAUCAAGAUAUUGACUGGAAACUUCUUGAAGGUGAGACACGUGAAGAAAGAACCUUCCGUAACUGGAUGAAUUCUUUAGGUGUAAAUCCGCACGUCAAUCACUUGUAUGGAGACCUUCAAGAUGCCUUGGUUAUCUUACAGCUUUAUGAAAAAAUUAAAGUUCCAGUUGAUUGGAACAAGGUUAACAAACCCCCAUAUCCAAAACUUGGAGCAAACAUGAAAAAGCUGGAAAAUUGUAACUAUGCAGUUGACUUGGGUAAACAUCCAGCAAAAUUUUCCCUUGUGGGUAUUGGUGGACAAGACCUGAAUGAUGGUAAUCCAACAUUGACCUUGGCCUUAGUGUGGCAGCUAAUGAGACGAUAUACUUUAAAUGUACUGGAGGACCUUGGUGAAGGAGAGAAAGUUAAUGAUGAAAUCAUUGUCAACUGGGUCAAUAAAACGCUGUCUGCAGCUGGCAAGAAAACAAAAAUUCUAAACUUUAAGGACAGAGACAUUAGCACAAGUUUGGCAGUGGUGGACUUGAUUGAUGUCAUCCAGCCGGGCUGUAUCAAUUAUGAAUUAGUUAAAACUGGCAAUCUUACACCGGAGGACAAACUUGAAAAUGCAAAAUAUGCAGUCUCAAUGGCUCGAAGGAUUGGAGCUAGAGUUUAUGCUCUGCCAGAUGAUCUAGUAGAAGUGAAGCCCAAAAUGGUCAUGACAGUCUUUGCGUGUUUGAUGGGAAGAGGAAUGAAGAAGGUGUAAAUGCUGCCUCUCCUUUUGCAAAAUAACAUCUCACAAAUAAGCCGUUUGCUGGUUAAAAGGCUUUGAUAAUGGAAUUCCUAUAGCUAUCCUUUAUACAUUUCAUAACAGACUGGAAUUAUAAUUGGGUGCUUGGAGAGAAGGAAGCUGUAUAAAUAAUUAUCAUUAUUCUCCCAGGUGGCUAUGGUUUAUUCUACUUAGGUACACAUUGAAAUGCAUUCAUAUCAUGAGACAGAAUUGCCAAGUACUUCUUUUUAAUAAUUAAAAAAACCUUUAAAUAUCUUUGUACAGUUUUCUUAUCUUGAGCAAUAUUGGUUUGCAAGCAAAGGUUAUUUGAACAACAGUUGUACAAAAAUUGGAGUGUUUAGCAAGGUCUAUUUAAAGGGGGAAGAUCAUAAUACAAUAUUUUUAUAAAGCUGUUACUCAGUGCCUUCUCUUUUUGACAUUAUCAUAUCAUUUAGUAUCAUUCAAACAGUUUGGCUGUUUAAAAUGUACACUUUUACUAAAAUGCAAUGUGCACAUUCCACACAGACAUGUUACAUUCCAUACAUAUGAAAGCAUUUUAAUAUGUAUCUUAAGUAUAAUCAUUUAUACUCUGACAUGCUUUUUACACUAAAGUAUGCAUGAACAAUCUUUGCAUUUUUUAUUUAAAACCUCUUAGGAUAAAGCAUUUUAUGACAAGUGUAAAGUCCAGAUGGUUUGGGAGCGGGGUCUGGAUGUUAACGGAUUGAAACACCAAUACUUGGACUGCAGAGAAAAUGUGUAGUUUUGGAGGAAGUGUGUUUGAAAUUUUUGAAUAAGACUGCUAAGUAAAACCAAUCCACUCUAAGGGAAACUUAUAACUUGGUAAAAAGUAGCUAAACACAAUAAAAGUCUUAUUUACAGCAAA